AUCACAACCAGAAACAGCUUGGUGUUAGAUGAGAGCUCAAACUAGCUCCUUCAAAUGAUAAAAAAUUUGAAGCUUACACGUGCGUAUGGCUUGGUUUCCAAGCCAAAACAUCGCGUGGUCACAGAGCCGAGGUAAGAUGGCGGUUGCCGAUGUGGUUAUCAAGCAAGAGGCUGUAGAUGCCGUGGAUUUAGAAGAGAGAGUUGUCCAGCUUUGCAAAGAGAGUCCUAAAGGAAUAACAGAUCAGAUUAUUUCGCAGGAUAUGCCAAAUAUUCCACCGCAGCAAAGAGUCACGGCCAUAAACAGACUUCUCUCAAUGGGUAGGAUUGAACUUCUUAAAAGUGGUACACAACUUUUAUACAGAUACAAAGAUGCCCAAGCAACAACAAAAACUAAAGGAUUUGAAUUAGAAGAGAAACUUGUUUAUCAGAUUAUAGAAGAGGCACAAAACAAAGGAAUCUGGAUCAGGGACAUUAGAUUCAAAAGUAAUAUACCAAUGACUCAAGUCAACAAGAUUGUAAAGAACUUGGAAAGUAAGAAGCUCAUUAAAGCCAUUAAAUCAGUUGCUGCCUCCAGGAAGAAAGUGUACAUGUUGUUCAACUUGGAACCAGAUAUAACAGUGACUGGAGGAGCUUGGUACAGUGAUCAGGAUUUUGAAUCAGAAUUUGUGGAUGUUCUCAAUCAACAGUGUCACAAGUAUCUAGAACAAAGGGCUUUACAAGCUGAACAAAUGAAUGUGGAUCCACUGGCCAAGAGGAAUGCAUCUUAUUCAUCAUGCUAUGAUGUAUGGAAGUAUAUCUCUGAAUUAGGGAUUAGCAAGGUUCAACUGGCUGAAGGGGACAUUGAAACAAUUUUAAACACGCUAGUCUUUGAUGGAAAGGCAGAAAUGUCACUGGUUGUUGAUAACAGCUCAAGCAGAUCAUCGCAAGAUGGUCAGAAGAAACUUUACAGAGCACUUGCCCCAUUGCUGCCAGCAGCAGGACUCAUGAGUACACCAUGCGGUGUUUGUCCAGUCUCCAAUCAGUGUCGCGAUGGUGGGCCCAUAUCUCCAAGCAAAUGUAUUUACAUGAGGGACUGGCUCUCUGAGCUUUAACACUCUCAUUGACUUGGUAAAUGAAAAAUAACUGAUGGUGACAGGCAUGUAUUUAGGGCGUUUGGGUCAGAUGGUGGACUUUUAUUUCAUUUAGGCACCUGGACAACAAUUUACUGCUUAGCAGUUAAAUUUUAGUAGGGUUCUAAGAUUUAGGAUUUCACCCUGCUGAGAUGCUUCAGAACAAAAUAAAAUUAUGAUUUUUUUUGGAGACAAAGUAGUCUUUAUUGGGGAACCAUUCUUCAUUUUUGUAAAAAUGAUAAUUGUUUCAUUGUUAAAUUUCUCAUUGCAUUAACUGCUUGCUGAAAUGUAUUGAAGGAAACAAAAUGCUUUAAAGUAAACUUUUGAUUUGAACUCA